AUGGAAUUUGUAUCAGGACAAUCAGGAACGGAUAUGAGAAAUCUAUAUACCUAUCUCUUUACGACGAGUGGGUACAACAAGAAUAUACGUCCGACUGUGAACCAGAGUGUACCAACAAAGGUGUCAGUAGAACUCCUGUUGACCGGUCUUCUCGGGAUAGAUGAAGCUAAGCAGCAAAUGGGAUCUGUCGGUACUCUAACUAUACGGUGGCGGGACGAUUUCCUCUCGUGGUCCCCGUCAUCUUAUGGGGAAGCAAUGUAUGUUGAUCUUCCACAAGAUCUUAUUUGGACGCCGGAUUUACAAGUGUUUAAUGGCCUGACUGACUUUACUAACUUGGGUGGAAGUUUCAUGACUUUGCGGGUGUUUAGUACAGGAGAUGUAGUUUGGAUGCCAUAUAAAGUAUUUGACACCAAAUGUAGAAUCGACAUUACAUAUUUUCCCUUUGAUCGACAGAAGUGCCAAAUAAUUCUGGUAGCCUGGAAUAGUGAUGCUUCGUCAGUGAAUCUUACAAAAGGGACAAACGGCAUGCAGAUCGAUGAAGAUAUAAAUGAUGGACAAUGGACCUUGUCCAAUCCCAAAGCUGAUGUCAGAAUGGAUGAUAACCAGUCUCUGAUAACGUUUGAAUUAAUUUUCACUGAUCUUAACAAUAUGUUGGAACUCCAAUGA